AUGGAGUGGACCGAAGAAAAGGCUAUUCAUUUUAUUAAAAAAAUGAAAGAUUACCCGUGCUUGUGGAAUCCCUCGAGUAAAGACAAAAAGAAUAGAAAUAGAAUCAAAGAUGCAUUCAAAAGUAUCGCGGAGGAGAUGAAAGUUGACGUUAUGUCGUUGAAGAAGAAGAAGGAGAAUUUAUUUCAGACGUACCGAAAUUAUAAGAGAAAAAUCAACCGCAGUAAAGUGUCAGGAUCCCGUGUUCAAGAUGUAUACAAACCCGUGUGGUCUCUGUACUCGUUACUGGAUGAUUUUUUACAUGAUGUUUACGCACCAAAGAAAAGUUAUAACUUACUGGCGAUACCACUGAUCGAAUCACCGGAAUCACAGGACUCAUUCAUCCCUGUGACGCCUAUUAUUAGUUCAGUCUCCUCACAUGCUGGAAGUUCGGAACGACAACACACAUCCACGCCAGUCUUGCGUUCCAGGCCUGGAAAAAGAUUGAACUCGGAGUUAACGGACGAAUCAUUCAGAACUGUUACCGACAAUUUAAAACGUCCCGACGUCGAAGAUCGUUUCGAUAUUUAUGGUAAAUAUGUAGGAAUGAAACUGCGUGAUCUUCCCAAACAACAAAGAAUACUUGCUGAAAGAAUUAUCAAUGAAACAUUAUUUUUGGCUGAUUUAGGUAGUUUAACAUUGUCGCACUCUGUGCUGUCUUCGAACUUUGUCAAUACCGCUGUCUCCUCGAAACCAUAAUUAAUUAUUGAUUUCAUCGAUUAUUAUCUACAUUUAUUACCGAAUUAAACUUGUCUGUUUUAUGGAUUAAUAAUAAAGUUAAUUAGAAUUAAAGGUGUAUUUUAUAUCGCGCAUGCUUGUAAAUGUAUUUGGCGCGAAACUCUACCGAGUUUCUUGAUUUACCCUUAAAUGCGUUGUUGGCAAUGAUUGGUAGGGUUAAGUAUGUUUAUUAAAAUUUAUACACUUUUAAUACAUAAGAUUGUAGAUUCGCCUCCUACAGUUAAUGUCUGAAAAAGUGAACUACUCCCUAUUUGUUAUACACUUCUAAAUGAAUUUAUAAUUUUGUAACAUGUUAUAACGUUGUAAUAUUAUACAGGA